UGAGGAGGCUGCGGGAGCAGAGCAGGAGAGCGGCAGCUCGCGCGCGCGCGCCCCCAAUCCCUGCCGCAGCCGGAGCCCGCCGCUUGCAUCCCAAGGAGGAGCUUUGAAGGUUUGUCAGGGCGGACAAGAUGGUUCUGAAGACAGAGCUCUGCCGUUUCAGUGGUGCCAAGAUAUACCCCGGGAAGGGUAUCAGAUUCAUCCGUUCAGACUCUCAAGUCUUCCUUUUCUCCAACUCAAAGUGCAAGCGCUACUUCCACAACCGUCUCAGGCCUGCUAAGCUCACAUGGACGGCCAUGUUCAGGAAGCAGCACAAGAAGGAUAUUCAUGCUGAGGCUGCAAAGAAGAGACGCCGCACCACCAAGAGGCCGUAUUCCAGGUCAAUUGUAGGUGCUUCGCUUGAAGUUAUCCAGAAGAAGAGAGCUGAGAAGCCGGAGGUCCGUGAUGCAGCAAGGGAAGCAGCUCUACGUGAGAUCAAGGAACGCAUCAAGAAGACCAAGGAUGAGAAGAGAGCUAAGAAGGUGGAGGUGACGAAAUCCCAGAAGACUGCCGGAAGAGGCAAUGCCCCCAAACCCGGGAAGGCCCCUAAGCUUGGCGGUGGCGGCGGGAAGCGCUAGAUGACGUUGCUGCCGAUCAGCGUUAAAUUUUGAACUAGUUACAUGAUGUCUUACCCCGUAUCUUUAGGAAGUUUUUUGCCCAAACCUGCUGGUGCUGUUGGUAUGCAGCAUCUGGGUCACAAUCAGUGUGAAGAUUGUUUUAUUUUUAUCUGAUCAAUGUGAAGAUUGUUUUAUGCUUA